GGGAGGCUCGUCCCUGGAAGUAGAGAGGGAUGAGAGAGGGUGACGAGGGUUCCCCCCACGUCCUCCUCCUGCUCAGACAAGCUGGCCACCAGUGAAGAUUAAGAAAGUCCGUCUCUACUAACAUAAGAGUGAAUCAUGCCCGUCGUCAUUCCUACCGACUGGGAGCGGAGCCGAAAUUGUGCAAGAUACGGAUAACACCGCGCAGAGGUCCGGGUGUGGAUCGAGUCACGUUUUAGUUUUCUUUUUUUUUUUUUUUUUUUAAGGGGAAUGUCUCUCAAGGGUCGUCGCAUAAUGCUGCCUCCCUCUCGUGUGUUUUAUGUUGAAGCAACAGAAACAGAAGUGACCUGGAUAAAGCUGCUCGGAGCCUAGGAAAGCCAAAGAGCGCGUGCAGAUAUCCCCCUCUUAUCAGCGGACAGAAGAAAGGGGGAUUUUUACAAAGUAGGGCAGAAGUUUGUGGCUGGUGUGAAGCGAAAACAUGGGGAACGCAGGAAGCAUGGACCAGCACACUGAUUUAAGGGGACACAACAUGCCCCUGAAACUCCCCAUGCCAGAGCCAGGUGAACUGGAGGAGAGAUUCGGGAUCGUUUUGAACUCGAUGAAUCUUCCUCCAGACAAGGCCCGACUCCUGCGGCAGUACGACAAUGAGAAGAAAUGGGAACUGAUCUGCGAUCAGGAGCGAUUCCAGGUGAAAAAUCCACCUCACACGUACCUCCAAAAGCUGAGAGGUUAUCUAGAUCCUGCAGUCACAAGAAAGAAAUUCAGACGGAGGGUACAAGAGUCCACCCAAGUCCUGAGAGAACUGGAAAUUUCCUUACGGACCAAUUAUAUAGGGUGGGUGAGGGAGUUCCUAAAUGAGGAGAAUAAAGGCCUGGACGUUCUGGUGGAGUACCUCUCUUUUGCACAAUACGCCGUCAAUUACGAUGGCGACUGUGUGGAGAACAGCAUGGACGCUGCGAUGGAUAAAUCCAAACCCUGGAGUCGCUCCAUAGAAGACCUGAACAAAAGAAGCACCUUGCCGUCUACCAUCACCGGGAACAGCAUCACCCGAGCUGGACGACAUUCCACGAUACGAAGCAACACACUGCCAAGCCGGAGAACGCUAAAGAACUCCAGACUGAUCUGCAAGAAGGAUGACGUUCACGUCUGCAUCAUGUGCCUACGUGCCAUCAUGAACUACCAGUAUGGCUUCAACAUGGUCAUGUCACACCCUCACGCUGUGAAUGAAAUUGCACUAAGUCUCAACAAUAAAAACCCGAGAACUAAAGCUCUGGUUUUGGAGCUGCUGGCGGCAGUUUGUCUCGUCAGAGGAGGCCACGAAAUAAUUCUCUCCGCGUUCGACAACUUUAAGGAGGUUUGCAUGGAGUCCCAGCGCUUUGAGAAGCUGAUGGAGUACUUCAAAAAUGAGGACAACAACAUUGACUUCAUGGUUGCAUGCAUGCAGUUCAUCAAUAUAGUUGUUCACUCGGUGGAGGACAUGAACUUCAGAGUUCACCUCCAGUAUGACUUCACCAAGCUGCAUUUGGACGACUAUCUAGAUAAACUCAAACACACUGAGAGCGAUAAGCUCCAGGUCCAGAUCCAGGCCUACUUGGAUAAUGUGUUUGACGUGGGAGCCCUGCUGGAGGAUGCAGAGACCAAAAAUGCUGCUCUGGAGCGGGUGGAGGAGCUGGAGGAGAACUUGUCCCACAUGACGGAGAAGCUGCAGGAUACGGAGAACGAAGCCAUGGCUAAAAUCGUGGAGCUGGAGAAGCAUCUGAUGCAAAGGAACAAGGACCUUGAAUCCAUCAAGGAAGCCUACAAAGAGACCACCAUGACGGUACACUCGCUGCGGCAGCUGCUGAAGGAGAAAGAUGAGGCCAUCCAGCGUCAGAGCAAACUGGAGAAGAAGAUCCAUGAGCUGGAGAAGCAGGGUACCAUCAAGAUCCACAAGAAGGGAGACGGCGACAUCUCCAUCCUGCCGUCGUCUCCGUCCGGUGUGGAGGGUUUGCCGGGGAUCGUGCUGGGGGGAAGCGGCGCGACUGUCGGACAGAACCACAUAGGAGGGAUGGAUGUCUUACCACCACCACCUCCUCCACCCCCCCCUCUACCAGGAUAUGGAACACUGCCAAACGGUCCAUCGUUGGACAUUCCAGCAGCUGCUCCUCCACCUCCACCUCCUCCUCCCCCUCCACCCCCGCCACCUCCCCCUCCACCUCUAGGUCUGGCCUCAUCGAUAUCGGGCCCUCUCCCUCCUCCGCCUCCUCCCAUGGCACCGCCGCUGCCCGGAUGUGGGACGCCCACGGUGAUCAUGAACUCGGGCUUAGCAGAGGGACCCAUCAAACUUUUCUCUGUGAAGAUCAAGAAGCCAAUCAAGACUAAGUUCCGUAUGCCCGUCUUCAACUGGGUAGCCCUGAAACCAAACCAGAUCAACGGGACUGUCUUCAAUGAGAUCGACGAUGAGAGAAUCCUCGAGGAUCUAAACGUUGAUGAAUUUGAAGAGAUGUUUAAGACUAAAGCUCAGGGUCCAUCGAUUGAGCUCACUAUGAGCAAGCAGAAGGUCAUCCAGAAGGGACCCAACAAGGUGACUCUGCUGGACUCCAACAGGGCCAAGAACCUGGCCAUCACACUGAGGAAAGUAGGGAAGACCUCUGAAGAGAUCUGCAAGGCCAUUCAGAUGUUCGACCUCCGGACUCUGCCGGUGGACUUCGUGGAGUGCCUGAUGCGCUUCCAGCCCACGGAGAAUGAGAUCAAAGUCCUGCGACAGUUCGAGAAGGAGCGGAAGCCUCUGGAAAGCCUGACGGACGAGGACCGCUUCAUGAUGCAGUUCAGCAAGAUCGAGCGGCUCAUGCAGAAAAUGACCAUCAUGGCCUUUGUCGGAAACUUCAGCGAAAGCGUGCAGAUGCUGAUGCCGCAACUGCAUGCCGUCAUCGCUGCGUCCAUCUCCAUCAAAGCGUCCCAGAAGCUAAAGAAGAUUUUAGAGAUUAUCCUGGCGCUUGGAAACUACAUGAACAGCAGUAAAAGAGGCGCCGUGUACGGAUUCAAGCUGCAGAGUUUAGAUCUGCUGCUUGACACCAAGUCAACGGACCGCAAGUUAACUCUGCUGCACUACAUCGCCAACGUAGUGAAGGAGAAAUACCCACAAGUGUCUAUCUUCCACAACGAAUUGCACUAUGUUGAAAAAGCAGCUGCAGUGUCGCUUGAGAACGUCCUGCUGGAUGUGAAGGAGCUGCAGAGAGGCAUGGAGCUGACCAAAAGAGAGUACAGCAUGCACGGCCACAACACCAUGCUCAAAGACUUCAUCGCACACAACGAGAACAAGCUGAAGAAGCUGCAGGAUGAUGCCAAGAUCGCGCAGGACGCUUUUGACGAGGCGGUGAAAUUCUUUGGGGAGAACUCUAAAACCACGCCGCCGUCUGUUUUCUUCCCUGUAUUUGUGCGCUUUGUUAAGGCCUACAGGCAAGCGGAGGAAGACAACGAGCAAAGGAAACGGCAGGAGCAGCUUAUGAUGGAGAAACUUCUGGAACAAGAGGCCAUGGAGGAGGACCAGAAGUCUCCUUCUCAUAAAAACAAGCGGCAGCAGCAGGAGCUCAUCCAAGAGCUCAGGAGGAAACAGGUGAAGGACAGCCGCCAUGUCUACGAGGGCAAAGACGGCGCCAUCGAGGACAUCAUCACGGUGCUGAAGACCGUGCCCUUUACUGCCCGCACAGCCAAGCGCGGCUCUCGAUUCUUCUGCGAGCCCGCUCUCAAUGAGGAGUACCAUUACUAAAGCUUAUAGAUCUGUCUCUCUUCUCAAAGAUUUAAGAAAUCAGCCGUACAGACGGGCGGACGCGGUGCGGAGGAGCGUCAGGAAACGGUUUGAUGAUCAGAGCCUGCGACCAGUGAACAAUGGUGAAGUGGUCAUGUGAUGAGGGAACAGUGGACGUGCAGAAGGAGGGAGGGGUGGUGAAAGGAUGGAGUGACAGAAAGUAAUGCAGUGUGUUUGGACCAGAAUACACAAAUCCACGUGAUUUUUUUUAUAGUAGCGGCUUUUUAUGAUGAAGGACUGAGACGUGGACGGAACUGAACUGAAAGUGUCUGAAAAUCAAAAAGAACUCAGACAAGCUAAGUGCCUGAACUUAUUUUAGUAUUUUUUUAUAACCCUACUUAAAGCUAUACAACUUGAGCUGGCUUUAAUGUUGAAAUGUGUAAAACUGGACAUGCAGCGGCCUUAAGAGCCAUGUGAAAACGCGUUACCAUGGAAAUGAUAGUGUAGAAUGUACAGGAAGCUGUUCAAAUUCCUACAUGUUUUUUUAUUAAUAUUUGACACUAUUAUCGCGUUAUCGGUGCUCUUGACCAUUCCGCUUAAAAGUAUACAUGCACCUUUAAAAAAACAUCUCACGAGGCUUUUAUUGUGCUAAAAGGAGAUUAACAGGCAUGAAGAAAUAUUUAAAACUAUAUUUGUAUGUUUAAAAAAAACUUUUACUUAUAAAAAAAAAAGGACCAGAUUAAUGUGAAUUGUUUUCAUUGCAGGUGAUUUAAUUUUUCUUGAGAUAAAAUUGUGGCUUUUAAUCAAUUACAUAAAUUUUUUUAAGCGUGUUUUGUUUCCUAAUUUUUUGUAGUUUGGGGAACAAUGCACAGUGACUUCAUUAAAACUUAAUUAUCAGCUUGGUAGUGAUCCAGGAUGAUAUGUUGUCACUUUACCACUAAAACAAGUCAAAGCUCACCUUUUCAUCUCAUGUUCAGAAACGAUUAUUGUGACAAAACACAGCAUAGUUUCAUGUACAGAUAUUUUGCUACAAACCGUGUUUUUUUAUUACCAGAUGGUUAAUAUUGUACAUAUUGUUUAAACAAGUUUUCAUUGCCUUGUGCGCUACAUGAAUGUUAUUUUAACUUAUAGUUUUUGUUUCAUUUAUUUUUUGUAUAUUUAAUGAAGCCAAAUGCAGCCAGCAGUCUCCAGUAAUGUUUAAUAAAAACAUGCAGGAAGCAGAGGGUCUGUGUGUGUCAGAGGGAGUAGUCUGGAGCGUUUUAUUCUCAUUAACAACCACUCUUAACCAUGAAACGUUUUAAAUCUGUAACCUGACACCUCCUGUUCUGCCAUUAAAAUUUUUGUUUGUUUCGAA